AUGUCUAAUAUAGAGCUCGAUAGGGCACUCGGCGCCAACCACUCGGAUGAGUGUCGAAGCCUAUGUGCCUGGUUUAGCGAGGAGGAGUACAUCAGUGUGAUGGGAGGGGCGGUAUAUGUACAAGCUGCUGAUGAACCGGGCAAGCCUCAGGUGUUCCUACCAGGGGCCUUCACUAUGAAGUGUAGCUGUUUAGCAGUUGGCAAUAGAGAGGGGAGUGGCCUGGUUGCCGCGGGCUUCGUUGGUGAUCGGGCAGACGUGCUUGUAUGGCGCGAUGGGGAAUUGGUGUUGCGUCUGGAGGAGCACGACGAGGCGGUCACGGCUGUGGCCUUCACAUGUGAUGACAAGUUUGUGGUCAGUAGUGGUGGGAUGGGGGACCAAAGGCUCUUCGUCUGGGACUGUGAGGAGGGGCUUGCAAUAGUUUGUCGCUCUCUGGCAGCCUUAGUGCCCGUGAAAACGAUCGUGCAAGGGGGUUUCGUGAAGGAUGUGAAACGACGAGACACAAGCCUUUAUCAGCUGGCCAGCUGUGGUGGGGGCAAUGUGACCAUAUGGGAACUGAACGAUGAGGCCGAAAGCAUCUCUCCGGUAUCCAUCUCGCCUAGUGGGAAACAUACUAGAUCUUUCGAGUGCUUGUGCUUCUCGACAGACUACGACCUCCUGUUUGUUGGUACCUCCUCGAGCGACAUCGCAGUUGUCAAGAUGCGCAGUAGAGUCGUGCAGGGCUUUUCAGGACCGGUCGGUGCUGGCGGGGUUCACUCCUUGGCAUACGUUGGUCUUGGAGGAGACUCUCCCGUUGUCCUUGCUGCCAGCGGUGAUGGCAGUAUCACACUUCUCUCCUGUGUGUUGACCGAAUUGCGACAACUGAAGAGGGUGGUAAUAGACUCUGGAGCGGUGGUGAGCUUGUCAGUGGGACGGAGGGGACAGGUCUUGUGUGCCUCAACAACGGGUAGUACGUGGCUGCUAUGGCCAGCGAAGGAUAUGGCCCAUGCACUGGUCCAAGAGAACACAGUAGCUCCCCUGGACGCUGUGGCAUUCCCUAUGCCUGAUGUCAGCACUGAAUUUGCUGUUGGUGACGCUUCGGGGGUCGUCACUCUUUGGAGUUGCGAUGGGACCUCAUAUAGUGUCAUCAUGCGCCUCACACCCCGGCCCACUUUUAGUAGCCCCUUGGCUGGAGUUACUUGCCUCGGGUAUUUGAGUCGCGCUGGACUCGUCGUAGUUGGGCAUCGUGACGGACUAUUGCGGAGUUGGAACUGUGCUGAUGAUGAUGACAGUGGAGCGUUGCUGUGGACUAUCGAUACGACCACGACUCGAGGGAGGACCAACAGGGCUAGCGACAUCGGCUCUCUUGCUGUCUCUAGCAAUGGUCGCUUUGUCGUCACUGGAGGCGGUGAAGGGGAAGUGAGGGUGUGGGAAAUGAAGUCGAAGGAAAUGGUAUGCGGGUUGAAGGAACACACCUCUCGGGUGAACGCCUUGAAGCUGUUUUCGAACGAUCAAUACUGUGUCACUGGUAGCAGGGAUAGGUGUUUGCUCACGUUCGACCUAAGGGCCGAGAAGCGCAUCACAUGCCAUAGGGAGAGACAUGGUGGCAUCGACUGCUUAGCUGUUGGUGUCGAUGAGAACGUAGUCGUCACAGGCGGCAAGGAGAAGCAUUUGACGUUCUGGGACCUAAGGCAGCCUGAGCCCAUCAGGGUUGUCUCGGCUGGCCCUGGGGACGAACUCAGAUGUCUGUGUUAUCAUGAUGAUGGGAAGGGAGGACUGCUGGCCUCAGGCGGAACGGGCUGCGUUGUAAAGCUGUGGGAGAUGGGCUCAGGCCGCCUGGUCUGCAGCCAUUCCGAGGAGCCUCGUCACAGUGCAUGCAUCAACGACCUCAGCUUUAGUCCUGAUGGUAAGCAGCUUAUCUCUGCUGGAGCUGACCAUUGUCUGAUGGUCUGGAACGUCUUCCCUGCCACCGACCGUCAUGAGACCACCGGAGCAUGA